AUGGCCACUUCUCUUCAGCAGCGCCCCCGGGCGGCUCUUCAGCCCGGUGACAUACUUGUCGCCAUCCAUGACUUUGACGCAAGAAGUGCUGAUGAGUUGACCCUCCGGAAAACCGAUCAAAUCGAGUUGGUUGAGUUGGACGAUGGCUUUGGCGAUGGCUGGUAUCUGGGGAAGCACCUUGGUACAGGAACAACGGGUCUGUUUCCUGGAGUCUAUACUGCUAAGCUUCCUCCAAACUUCGCACCUGUGGGCGCCCCAGCCGUCAAAAGCCCUCAAUUUCUUGGGAAACCAUCCACCGAGCCGAAGAGCGAGCCACUGGAACAAGCAAGCUCAACCACUGAUACCUCCAGACAACGAACACUCUCCUCGCCCCCACUGCCACAGUCUAAUCUACCUCUACGAAGCUCUGUACCGCCUUCUCCCACGUCAUAUAUUCACCGGAGCAUCGGUCAGGCAUUGUCAAGCAGAGCAAGUGGAGAGGAAAGCCCAGUCAUGAACGAGACACUAAGCGUUAUCAACGAACACAUCACAGACCUGAGCACACCACGUCAGAGCCUGUCCCCACCGCUGCCUUUGAAGGAGGACUCAGAGAGUGAAUAUAGCAGCCAUCUCGACCGAGCCUCAUAUAUCGCUGGCCCCGAGACUGAUAGCGAGGACAAUCCUCGCCCGACCGAAGCCGAUGUUAAGCAAUGGGAUGCGAGAGAAACGGCGGAAUACCUGAGAAGCCUGGGUGUUGACUCAAAACACUGCGACAUAUUUGAAGAGCAGGAGAUAACGGGCGAUGUCUUGCUGGAAAUGGACCAGUCCUUCAUCCACAUGAAGGAAUUCGAUUUUGGCCUGAUGGGCCGCCGUCUGAAGACAUGGCACAAGAUCAGAGACUUUCAGAAUCAGGUCCGCAGCGGCACAGCGUCGCGAAAGAGCAGCCUGAAACCGAAUGGCUCAAACGAGGACGUUGCUCGGGUCCAAGUCCGAGGCACUACCAUAUUGCCACGAAUACCGAGUCUGAUGGAACAACCGGGACUCUCUAUCCGCCAGACGCAGCACACCUUCCCACAUGUCAUACCUACCUCACCACCGUCUUCCGAGCAACCCAUGUCUCCAUCUUCUUUUACCCGAUCCCAGCUUGAACGAAGCACGCCCCCUUCCCCUUGGAGAGCUUCGAUGGCUGCUGAAUCCCCGACCCGACGGUCAGCCUCUUCGAUACGGGAACUGAAUUCGUCUCGACGCCAUUCCUCCAUCGACUUCGUAAAACCAGGAGUUCAGGAUACUUCGGCCCUAGGUGGCGCCAGUCUUUCUCCCCCACAUAAGAAAAAUGCAUCUUUCGAUAAAGAAUGGUCGAUGAGCAACGCAACUACUGCAAACACCGGUGGGAGUACCCCGUCGCUCAGGCUGCAUAUCAGUAAUCCUAUCACAAGCAUGGACCUGGAUGCAGAUGCAGAAUUUGGUGGCGAGCUUUCUACCUUUGAUCUCGACCGCGGCUACUUUAGUGGGAAUGAGGUCGACAAUAGAAAGGCGAGGACCCUACUCAAGAAGCGAGGAGGUAUGGAAAGUGCCAGCCAUUCCCGUCAAUCGAGCGUGCUCGAUGACUCAUCCAAGGAAGCUCUUGGCAUGAAACGACAUUCGCGACUCAGCAGCCUUGAUUCCAUCAGAGGCGCUCCCAUCUCUUCGGCCGCAAAAGCGUAUCACAGCAGAUCAUAUAAAGGACGGUUUCGUUCUGCAAGUGCGAGGAAUUUGACUACGCAGCGGUCUCCAAUUGCGCAGUCCCCGACAGUGACGAACUUGGAGGAUGAUGGUCUCUCAGCUCUAUCCUCGCCCAAAGCUAUUGGUGGACCAAUGUCUCCUGCUGCGGCAACAACAGCGCCCUGGACAUCGUCAACAAAGGCACGAAAGUUGUUGGGGAUCCGAGCAGCCUCUGAUGCCGUUACCGGACCUGAAAAGGAAGCCGCCAGUUCGUCAAACAUUACAUCUGACCCCUUAAGAGAGAGCCCUACCGCGUCACCUUCUGGGUCCCAAACUCCUUCUGCGACGUCGCGUAGCUUCGAAAUGGACAAUACGGACACCUCUUCGAAAGGUACAGCUGAACAGCUGGGCCCCUUAUUGCACACGAAAACCAUUGUACGUACCAAUCCAAAGACUAAGCGACAAACAAGCGCCUACACGAAAGGUUUGCUACAAUUAUCGCCUGCAGAGGCACGGAAGCAUUGUGACCAUUACGGUUGGAUGAAGAAAAGAUCUAGCGGCAUUGUGUCACAGUGGAAACCCAGGCUGUUCAUCCUCCGAGGCCGUCGGUUGUCGUAUUACUACUCAGAGAACGACAAAGAGGAGAAAGGUAUUAUCGAUAUAUCUGGACAUAAAGUUCUUGUCACUACGGCCGACCCGAUCACCUCACUUCAAGCCACCAUAACUGGAACAAAAUCCACACCUUCCAUCAGUGCCUCUGGAUCGUCUACGGAGACUUCGCCCAAUGUCACGCGCAGCACAGGUGGAAACGCGCCUUUCUAUUUCAAGCUUGUUCCCCCCAAGGCGGGAACUUCAAGAGCAGUACAGUUCACAAAGCCCACCAUUCACGUUUUCCAAGUUGACAACAUCACUGCGGGAAGGAAGUGGAUGGCUGAGAUUUUGAAAGCCACCAUCGAGCAUGAUCUAGCAAACUUUGAGACCACGAACCGGCAAAAAACCAUCAGCUUGGCCAAAGCUCGGGCAAGAAAAGAACGACCCCCGGCCCUCAAAGGCACAGAAGAUAUAGCCGAGUUGGCUGAGAUGCCAACGCCACGGGACGAGAAGGGUGAGAGCGAGAGCGGCUUGAAUAUAAAAGGAUUGGAUUUCAACGAGUCGGACAUGAAUCUUCAAUUAGGCACAGGUCUGACGAGCGGGACGACAGCACGUCCCGAGGAUGAUGCGGAGCGGGAAAUAAAGACAUGA